AUGGCAUCGAGUCCGAGGCACCCAAGGUUUGGUUUUGGGCAUCUAAGGUCAAGUAGGGAUAGGGUUCGCGGUGUUCGAGAGGAAAAGUUGAACAUAUCGGUAUCUCCCGAAUGGGGCGUGCUACCAAUGCAAACAAUGUAUAGUAGCAAUGGAUGGGACUCGUAUGCUUGGGCAUUCAAAGCCCCGCUUGAUAUUGUAGACUUUGUUAUUCACAAUCCGGGAGUUGAAGAAGAUCUUGCUAUCGGUCCACUUAUUGAUUCGAGUGGCAAUUAA